AUGAAACUGGCUAAAAGUGAUUUGUCCCGUAUAGCAUUGGAUGCUCUGAUCGCGGAAUGCAAGACGAAUCCAAAACUGGCAGAGGAAAAAGAUGUCCAGAUAAUAAUAAACACUGGUAAGAACAAAUUGAAUGCGACAAAGGACUACAUACCCCGGAUCAUCCCUUUGAAAAACUGUAAGCUCAACCAUCCAAAGGAUAUGAGAAUCCUGUUGAUCACCAAAGACCCGUCAACUUUGUACAGAGACUCGAUUGAGAAGGACGAAUAUCUGAGAGACGUCAUAAAAGAUGUGAUCUCGGUAAAGCACCUGAAAAGAAAAUACAAAGGUGCAAAGAUAAAUCUACUAUACAAAGAGUUUGAUCUAGUAGUGGCCGAUUACAGGGUUCAUCAUCUCCUACCCAAGAUUCUCGGAGCCAAAUUUUUCGCGGGAAGCAAGAAACUACCAUUCAUGAUCCGUUUAUCGAAGGCAGUGAGGGUCAAGCACCAGCAGAUGGUCAAUGAGUGCGACUGCAAAUACAUCAGAGCACAAUUGAAGAGCAUCACCAAGAACGCAUACUACGUGCCCAACAAGGAUAACUGUCUCACCGUGAGGAUUGGCCAAGUCGGCAGGCAAUCGGUGGACGACAUGCUCGAUAACGUCGUCGACAUCAUCCAGUUCCUCUCGGACAUAAAACAGAAACCGCAAGGCGGUAUCAUAAGGGGACCCGUCGUGUCUAUUUUCGUCAAGACGGCCAGCAGCGCCUCUCUGCCUCUGUAUGAAGCAGAUGCAAACAGCAGUGCAACACAUAAUAACGAAGAUUCGGACAAUUUUGAGCUGUGA